CUACGAUCCAUACAAACCACAAGCACCCUCACCCUCUGCUCACUUAUUGUUUGUAGCAUUGAGAAAUCGUGUUUGGACGCGCCCAACAUCUUUGUGUCUAGAGUCCAGCGUCUUUGAACAGCUCCAGGUCAUACCUUCCUUCCGUCUUUCUUGCAUUCUGUUUGCGCAACCACAUGAACGCAACCUAACGAAGCCCACUCGCGCGCCCCUCCAAGGACAAGCCGUCAGCGAGGUUCCUAACCAUAAGACGAAUCUUUUCCCCCCUGCGAUGGCGGACGGCCCAGAAGAGGACUUCUCUCAGCUUCCCCUCCCCGAUCGAUUCGCGCACAAGAACUGGAAAGUGCGAAAAGAGGGCUACGAGGCUUCGGCGAAGGAAUUUGAACUUACCCCAGACGAAUCAGAUCCCGCGUUUAGACCAUUCUUGUCGGACCCGAGUCUCUGGAAGUCAGCUGCUGGGGACUCGAAUGUCGCUGCACAGCAAGAAGGCCUCGCUGCGCUGUGCGCCUUCUUGAAGUAUGGUGGACAACAGGCGGCGACCAAGUCAAGAAACUUCACCCUGCAGCCGAUAUACGAGAAAGGUCUUUCAUCGACCAGACCGCAAGCAAAGGCCAGCGCCCUGGAAGCCCUUCUGCUCUACAUUGAGCUCGACAAGUCCGAACCCGUUAUCGAAGAACUGUUACCGGCACUGUCGCACAAGCAGCCAAAGGUUAUUGCUGCGACGCUGAACGCCAUCACCGCUAUUUACCACAAUUACGGGGUCAAGAUUGUUGAGCCCAAACCAGUGCUCAAGGCACUACCAAAGGUUUUUGGACAUGCAGAUAAGAAUGUGAGGGCGGAGGCGCAAGCCUUGACCGUGGAGUUGUACCGCUGGUUGAAAGAGGCUAUGAAGCCUGUGUUUUGGGGUGAAUUAAAACCUGUUCAACAGCAAGACCUGGAGAAACUGUUCGAAAAGGUUAAAGAAGAACCCUCGCCGAAACAAGAGCGACUGACGAGGUCACAACAAGCUGCACAAGCUUCAGCACCAGCGGCAUCCGGUGGUGGGGAGGCUGGAGGGGCUGACGGUGCCGAGGAGGAAGAAGAGGAGGAGGCCGAAGUCAACGCAUUUGACCUUGCAGAGCCAGUGGACGUCUACUCCAAGAUACCCGCCAACUUUCAUGAAAUGAUCGCAUCGACAAAGUGGAAAGAACGCAAAGAAGCACUCGACGCCCUUUUCAACAUUCUCAAUACUCCAAGAAUAAAGGAAGGCCCCUUUGACGAGCUGAUACGGGCAUUUGCAAAAUCUAUGAAGGAUGCCAAUAUUGCAGUUGUGACGAUUGCUGCCAAUUGUGUCGAGAAAUUAGCACAGGGUCUGAGGAGAGGGUUUGCCAAAUACCGAUCUUCGAUCAUGUCACCUAUGCUGGAAAGAUUCAAGGAGAAGAAACAGUCCGUUGCCGAUGCUCUUGGUGCAGCACUGGAUGCCGUCUUCACCUCUACAUCUCUCUCAGAGUGCCUCGAAGAGACAUUGGGUUUCUUACAGAAUAAGAAUCCCAACGUGAAGGCUGAGACCAUCAAAUUCCUGGUCAGGUGCUUGCGAACAACUCGAGAUGUGCCGUCUAAGCCCGAGCAGAAGCUGAUCGCUGAUGCCGCAACAAAGCUCCUAACGGAGUCGACCGAAGCAAUCAGAUCCGGUGGCGCUGAGAUCCUUGGAACGCUCAUGAAAAUCAUUGGGGAGCGUGCCAUGGGCCCGUAUCUCGACGGGUUAGACGACAUACGGAAGGUCAGAAUCAAGGAAUUCUUCGACACCGCAGAAGUCAAGGCAAAGGAAAAACCAAAAGCCGCUCCUCCUCCUCCUGCGAAAUCCGCACCUGCUGUUGGGAAAAAGGUUGUUGGCGGCACCAAGAAGCCUGUGGCAAAAAAGCCGGCGUCGGCAGCUGCACCACCCGUGGAAGACACAGCGCCUCUGCAACCCAAAUCAACUGCAAAGCCUCUUCCUAAGCCAGGUCUGGCUCGUCCCGGUCUUGCGCCGCCUUCAGCUCUCAGACUUGGUGGGCUGAAGAAGCCUGGUGCAGGUGCUCUGUCCAGUGCCACUAACAGUCCACAGAGACGGGUAAUAUCUCCUCCAAUGAGCAACGAUGGUGACGACGAAGUCGCUGCACCAUCGCCUUCGAAAUUUGGUAUGGGACGUGGAGGACUUGCGGGACGGCCAUUGUCCAGACCAGCCACAGCUCCAUUGUCGCCUCCCUCAGCGCCUUCUGUCGCCAACGGUCUGUCGGCUAUCGAACGCGCUGAGCUCGAAGAGUUACGUGCAGAGAGAGAACGCCUAUCAGCACUUUCAGACAGUCUUCGAGGCAGCAAUGCCAAGUUGAGUGCCGAGAUAUCAGAACUUCAGAAUCAGAAUGCUCAGCUCAUAGAAGACCACACGCGUGAUGUGUUGCAGAUCAAGGCAAAAGAGACUCAGUUGGUAAGAGCGCGAGGGGAGUGUGACGUCCUGAAGUCCGAGAUUGAAAGUCUACGAAAGGAGAGUGAGCGUUAUAAGCGCGAGGUCUCCAGGUUAGGCCGUGAAAGCAUAGGACGAGAACGAGAAGAUGUGAUUCGUGGACGAACGGACGACGAGGCAGGGGGGAUUUACGACGAUUCCACCGUUAAGCGAUACCCUCCGAAUGGCGAUGCGCAGCCGUCAAGGCCUGUCAACAGCACAUUACAGAGGACCGGAAGCGCAGCUAGCUCACAAAGCGGCAGGGCGUUGAGCAAUAAACCGAGACCUCAAAGUGGAUACAACCCUAUCAGUCCCAGCGAGGAGAAAGAAAAUGGAGGCUUUGAUCCCUUGACUGCUAGGAGGAAGAUCAGUCCGCCUGUUGGUGGCAUGACGAAUGGAAGUGGUAUGAGUAGUCCUCAGCGGCCGACCUUUGCUAGUAGAGAGGCAAGUGAGUCUGGAAGUGUGGGGUCUAGAGAGCCACGCGCCGAAGAGAAUUGGAAGAGAGCCGCCGAAGUCACCAGCCAGUUGAAGGCCAGGAUUGAGGCUAUGAAGGCACGACAGGGUCUGACCCGGCAUUGACGAUGACACAGCACCUCCCACAAAGGGAUGUUGGAGUACCUGGUAGCUUGAGACGCUUCGAUGUGCAUGCAUUCGUUGGCGUUAACUGCAUCCUGCAUUUGAAAGAGAUACCACCUCUGUUUCUUGUUUGGAGCUCGGAUGGUCCAAGGCAGUAGGUGAAGCAGCUACCGCCUGAUUUGGUGGACCCCCUCAUUUGUAUAUGUUAAUCUGGAAAUGCUACAAGAUUUCUCCUCAUAUGCCCUCCGAACCUUCACCGUCAACGCUCUCUGCUUCAACUUUGCCCCUUUGUCACCUGAUGCCGGUGCUAUUCCCGGCCUCGAAUUCGCGAUACUACGUGGUUGACAAGAGGUAAGAGAAGUUUGGAAGAGACUUUAGAGGUCACGUAUAAAAGAUUACAUGAAGAAGCAUAUGAUAUCAUUUC